AUGAUGAAAAGUCCUUGGUCAGCUAAAAGUGACUUUGUUAUUAGUACAAUGACAAGAAACGAUAAAGGUGCUGAAUUAUUAUAUGGUCCAUUAUUUUUUAAUUUGUCGACAAUUCUAUGUGGAACAAUAUUUUAUAAAACAACGACUGGUGCAGUGACAAUGGCAAUAUUAACUUGGGGAGAUGGGUUAGCAGCUGUUGUGGGUCAGAAUUAUAAAACGAGACAAAUUUAUCAUACAAAAACUCUCGCUGGCUCGUGUACAGUGUUCAUAGCCGGUCUAAUUUCAUCUCUGAUUUAUAUUUCUAUUCUUGUUGGUUAUCAAUCGAUUUCGAUUAUGCAUUUGGUUCUAACAGCGUUGUUAGCAACCAUCACCGAAACACUAAGCCCAUCUGAAUUAGAUAAUUUAUUUUUACCUUUUGUUAUAAUUGUUGCACACUUUGUUUUAGCAUAA